AUGGACCUGGUCCCAAGCUUUUCCACAGAAACCUGGCUUCUCCUGGCUGCCAGCCUGGUGCUCCUCUAUCUGCGACAGCCGGUGUUGGCUAUCACAGACCCGGACAUGAUCAAAACAGUGCUAGUGAAAGAAUGCUACUCUGUCUUCACAAACCGGCGGAUCUCAAAUCAAGGACCCAACUUUCUUUCAAACACAUGCUGAAAGAACAAGAGGAAACUAAACCCAAAGCAAGUAGAACACCGAGUGGAUUUGCUUCAGCUGAUGAUUAACUCCCAGAAUUCCAAAGAAAAAGACACUCAUAAAGCUCUGUCUGAUCUGGAGCUUGUGGCCCAAUCUGUUAUCUUUAUUUUUGCUGGCUAUGAGACCACCAGCACUUCUCUUUCUUUCCUUGUGUAUGAAUUGGCCACUCACCCUGAUGUCCAGCAGAAACUGCAGGAGGAGAUUGAUGCGACUUUCCCCAAUAAGGAACCUCCCACUUAUGAUGCCCUUGUACAGAUGGAGUAUCUUGACAUGGUGUUGAAUGAAACUCUCAGAUUAUACCCAAUUGCUGGUAGACUUGAGAGGGUCUGUAAGAGAGAUGUGGAAAUCAGUGGUGUGUGUAUUCCCAAAGGGACACUGGUGAUGGUGCCGUCCUAUAGUCUUCACCGGGACCCGGAUCACUGGCCAGAACCUGAGGAGUUCCAUCCUGAAAGGUUCAGCAAGAAGAACAAGGACAACAUAAAUCCUUAUAUAUACCUGCCGUUUGGAACUGGACCCAGAAACUGCAUUGGUAUGAGGUUCGCGAUCAUGAACAUGAAACUUGCUGUUGUCAGACUCCUGCAGAAUUUCUCCUUCAAACCUUGUGAAGAAACACAGAUCCCCCUGAAAUUAACCGCUCAGGGUAUUAUUCAACCAGAAAAACCUAUUGUUCUCAAGGUUGAGCUGAGAGAUGGAAGUGUGAAUAGAGCCUGACUUUCCCUAAGGACUCCCCCUUUGUUCUUCAAGAAGCUGUGUUCCAGAACACCAGAGACCUCAAUUUACUUUGUGAGUAAAAUCCAUAAAUGAAGAUGGGCUUGAUUAUGAUGGAUGACUAGGGAUUCUAAGCGCCUGGUAUAUGCAUGAAGCAUUAUAUAUUGUGGAAUGUGAAAGGU